CAGAGAGCACCACACAGAGAGAGAGAGAGGCUGACGGACUGAACCAAGAUGAAUCUGGCUCUGAUCCAUGACAGAAAUCACAUCAAGACAUUCUGGGAGAAGAGGAUCGACUCUGAGUGUCAGCAUGUUGAGAGCGAGGGGCAGAGGAGGAACAAGAGCGCACUGAAGAAGCUGAGGGGGGAGUGGCUGGUGCGUCUGGAGAACCGAACCAAACACCUGAAGAACCUGAACGAGAGCUACGUGAAGAAGGCAAAGACGGAGAAACCAGCUGAACAGACGAACGAAGAAACUGUGUCAUCCUAAUGUUUGGAGCAAUAAAGUGUCUUGUUGGAAAACAAAUAUCUUGGUGUUCACUAUCUGAACUUCCUUUGAUUCUGUUGAGUUUAAACUUAACCGGGGAGAAUCAAUUUUAUUUACAUACUUUAUUAAUCCUCGAGGGGAAAUUCUGGUUUCCACUCUCUUAUUUUAGAGACACGCUUAUCACACACAAACAGGACCUGUAGACGUGCAUUAAUGUGGAGGUUUCAGAGCUGCUGGAAGGAGUACUGGGUUCAGUGCCUCGAAGCCUUGCUAAAGGGGGCCCAAGUACUGAAAUCAACAGAACUUCCAGUUACUCACUGAAGAACUGCAGAGGUGCACCAGCUGUCUGUUUGCAAGAAUUAAGAAACGGCAGCAGAUCAUGAAACUAAGAGUAUCAGGAUGAAUCAAUUCCAAUUCUCUCACUGCAAAAACAACUUUCAACAAAAUGUUUGAGACACUUAA